CACCAUCACACAAAAAAGUAUGUGCGCAGAACUGCAUGAAUACGCCAGGAGGAUACAGGUGUUCAUGCAAGCGUGGAUGGGAGUUAGAUACUAACGCACGUGGAUGCACAGAAGCAACCAAUGUCAAGAAAGCUCGGAUAAUCUUGGCAAUAGCCAGUUGUACUAUUUUGGGAGUUGUACUGGUAUUGGCCGCUACGUGGUGGCUGUGCAAAGUUAUGAAACGAAGAAGAGUACGUAUAGUCAAGGAGAUGAAUUUUGAGAGAAAUGGUGGCCUACUGUUACGACAACAAGUGUCGUCUAUCGAAGGUAAUGUGGACACCACAAAGCUGUUUAGUUCAAAGGAACUUGACAUGGCAACUGAUCACUAUAAUAAAGAUCGAAUCCUUGGACAAGGAGGACAAGGAACAGUCUACAAAGGAAUGUUGGCAGAUGGAAGUAUAGUGGCGGUGAAGAAGUCUAAGAUAGACGAUGAAAGCAAAAAGGAACAAUUUAUAAAUGAGGUUGUCCUUUUAUCAAAAACAAACCAUCGAAAUAUAGUAAAGUUGCAUGGAUGUUGUUUGGAGACAGAUGUCCCUUUGCUGGUUUAUGAGUUCAUCCCAAAUGGAACACUUUUUGAGUACAUUCAUGACUACAAUCAAGACUUUCCACUUACAUGGGAUAUCCGUGUCCGUAUCGCUAUAGAAAUUGCUGGAGCUCUUUUCUAUCUACAUUCGGCAUCAUCUCUUCCAAUAUAUCAUCGAGAUAUCAAGUCUUCAAAUAUACUUUUAGAUAAAAAGUAUAAAGCAAAAUUGGCAGAUUUUGGAACUUCGAAAUCAAUAGCUAUUGAUCAAACUCACCUCACAACAAGAGUGCAAGGCACAUUUGGUUACUUGGAUCCUGAAUAUUUCCAAUCUAGUCAAUAUACAGAUAAAAGUGAUGUUUAUAGCUUUGGUGUAGUGCUUGUUGAGCUCUUGACAGGACAAAAGCCAAUUCUUGCACCUAGAGCUCAUGAUGAAGAACGAAGUUUAGCCACACAUUUCAUAUUGGCAAUGAAAGAGAAUCGUAUAUUUGAUAUUCUUGAUCCCCGAUUUGCAAAAGAGGGUGACAAAGAAGAGAUCAAAUUAUUUGCUGAUAUCGCAUAUAGAUGCUUGAACUUGAAUGGGAGGAAAAGGCCUACAAUGAAACAAGUUGCAGCAGAGCUAGAAAGUAUUGACAAGUCACAUACACUACUUACCGCUGAACAACAGUAUGAAGAGAUUGAAUAUCCGGUGAGUCAUCUAAAUGGGCUUUGGGACCUUACGUCAACUUCUAUGAGCUCUGGUACGAGUAACAGUGUCAAGGUUGAUAUAGAGCCUCUUAUUCCAAAAUAUUAAUCCCAAAUGAAAAACAUGGUAUAUCUCAAGGUAUUGAUAGAGAGAUUGUGUUGAAUACUUUUUUCUUCAUGUUUUACUUGCCUGUAAGU